AUGUUGACCAAGUCUGAACCUUGUAGGCUGAAGACUCAGGACGGCUACCUUCAAGCUGUAUUAAAAGUGAUGGAUGAAUUUGAUAUGCCUUCCCGGAUUGAACCUUUGCUUCCCCCCUUAAACCCUAUGGAAGCUAGCAAAAUAUUAUAUCACCGGGACCUUAUGAGUCCUGUCUUAAAAGCCCAGGAUUGUACAGCAGCUUUAUUCAGCACGGGGAUGGAGACUAUCCACAAUCGUUUUCCUCUUGAAGCUUGGUUGCACAUAUAUACAGAUGGCUCAAAGCUUGAGAUGGAUACCGUUGCCGGUGCUGGUAUUUUUGGUGAGCAUUUCACCCACUAUAUUUCGUUGGGAACAGUCAAGACAGCUUUUGAUGGUGAGGUUGAGGCAAUCAAAGUAGCUUUAACUCAUUUAAAUGCUCGUCCUUCUCUUUUCGAUCAAGCUGUCAUCUUCUCGGAUUCCCAAGCUGCGAUUCUGGCCAUUGCCAACUACUCUCAAGCCCCUAGCUCUUUGUCCAUUGUGAAAUGUAAAUCUUUAAUGACAGAUAUAGGUGAAAAAUAUAAAACAAUUGCCUUACAAUGGAUCCCAUCCCACUGUGGUAUCCCCGGCCACGAAAAAGCUGAUGCACUGGCCAAAAAAGGUUGCUUUGUUAAUCAAUCCCCAAAUAACUUGGUUAGCUAUAAAUCCACUUCGUUAAUGAUUAAUAAUGCAAUUAAGACAACACAUAUAUCAUUGCUAAAAGAAAGGACGAAAGAAAAAUCGUGGGGAAAUGACAUCAUUAAUCUCUCCGAUUGCCCAAGAAGCAGUGCUGUAGCUGCCUUUCGUAUUGCUACCAAGCACGAUUGCUUAUACUCCCAUCUUUUCCGUCUUAAAAUAGUGGAUAAUCCUGCCUGCCCCCUCUGCCGCAGUGGUGCGACGAUGAAUGCUGAACAUCUUUUCAACUGUUCAGUUCUCACAAAGAACUGCAUCUACUCCCGAUACUGGGAGGCCAGAGAACUUUUGUUCAAUUUAAGUUCUUGA